AUGACAUCCUCCUUGCGCAAUCCGGAUUCGGCGGUCGCCCGUGCCGCCAUGGCGCGGCGUCGGCAGCGAAUUCCGCACCACGGGGCCGUUGCGACAUCGUCCGGUACUACCGAUCAGCCCCGCGAUCCAACUGCUAGACGAAACUCGGCCGUUGCGGAGACUUCUCGCCAGGUUUACGAUCACGAACGGCUACUAGAAAGAAGUUUUGAAGUCGCAGACGAAGCGGCGUCCGUGUUGGCGUCGGUACGUCAACGUCGUCAGCGGGAUGGCUCCACACGAAUGAAUAUCGAGCCCGAGUCGGACUCCAACCUUUCGACGGCAUCACACGUACCACAACAACACCAAGGGCGGACACCGACAGUCAAGUUUGCAACGCAAAGCUCGUCUACGAGAACGAGCGUCCGUAAUGUGCCAUCCAGCAUUACUCCACUACUGUCUGCCGCCGUCACCGUUUCGAGUGCCCCUCCGCCCACAUCCUCACGAACGCCCUCAACGGUGACUAAAGUUUCCCCCGUACCUUUGCCUCCGCCACCGUCAACCUCCGUCGACGGAACGCGCCCGGAACGUGCCGUGUCUUCCCACGGACCCAUGUCCCGUACCGGAUCCGCGCCAUUGUCCACUUCGUCCGCCAAAGCAACCUCGGCGGUACCUCGCACGUUUGUUGCUUCGCGCAGCACGUCUCCCAUGCCUCAGCAAACUUCCGACAGUGAGGAGGAUAACGAUCAAGUCUCGGGAGAAACGAAGCUGCCGCCCACCGUGGAAGAGCUGGAACCCGUCCUAGUUGAAGAUGAUGACGACGAAGGCCACAAAGGUUGGACCGCUAACGAUAGUCAUGCGGCCGCAACGACCCAUUUACACUACGGUGACCGUAUUCGUAUACUUUGCCACACCGAAACACCCUGGAGUAUUGUACGGGAAAGCUCCCCCGAAAGCAAGGUAACAAAGGCGAUAGCAGUCCCCGUUACGUCAGCCACCAUGGCCGCCUUUACGGUACAGCGACCCCGCCCCACAGCACAAUAUGAUCCUUGCCUACGCUAUGGAGAUGUCGUAUCUUUGCACCAUACCGACGGAUCAAUUAUGAGUGUCCAUCGUCAGCAAUCCGAGAAAGGCCAUAACAUUGCUUACGUGCCCGCUUGGAUCGAUCCGGUGGAAACCGACGACGAACGUAUGGAAGUUUGGAAACUUUUGCGGGCGGUCCGGAACGGUCUCGUGCGUGUCGGACACUCUGCGAUAGAAAAGGUCACACCACGGUCUGGUCGGACGGCUCCAAUAAAUUCGGGUGACGCCAUUCUCUUUCGGCACGAGAAAACCGGCGGGAUUUUACGGUUGGACGUGUCCGGUCACUUGGAAGUAGCCACGGAUUCAUAUGUUCCCAGCAACAGUAAUAUCCGCCAACGUCGAACUUUGCUGACGCGAUUGCAAACGCACGAUAUCUUAGAAAUAUCCAAGCACGAAACUUUUCACGUGAUUACCGGAACCGUUCCACCGACACCUCUGUGGACUAACGGUCCGGCAGAUACGCAACGUUCAUUCUCCAACGGCACUCAUAUCCUGGAUGCCCAACGACACGCUUCUACACAAGUAGAGGAAGCACUGUUUGUUGAUGUUGAUAAGAAACGCAAGAUUGAGCUGGCAGACCACAUCGGAAUAUUGCAAGCGAAUCGGUCGAAACAGAUGGACACCCCUUUGGGACAAGAAAUGGUUUUGAUUGACGAGCUACUAGGUUCCUUCGUGGGAUUAGAAGGAAAUUCAAUCCGCGUUCAUGGGGCAAAAUCCCUAGACGACGACAGUUUUCGCUUCGAAGUUGGUACAUGUACGAAUCUGGACGAAGGCUUACGGUCCAUGGUGGAGAGUUUAUUGCCUCUAUCGACGGCAUUUGUUCGCGUAAAUCACUUUGUAGUUAGCACGCUUCCACGAUACGAAAUGGGGCUCGUCAUGCACGCUUUCUGCGAAGCGCUGGACGAGUUGUUGCAAAACUACGUUGCUUUGACAGCAACCUUGGAACGCGAAUAUCGAAGUCUCAUAGACUAUUCGUUUGGGAUCUCAAAAUUACAGACACACAUUUUGUCUGCACUACAUACAAUGUCGGUGUUACACCAUGCCGUAGAGACUGUUCGUCACAGCAAGGGCGGUGCUCUGAUAAAUUCGCUUCAAGAAUAUAAAGACAAUCGUUGUGACGGUGAUCCAGCCGCCGAGUCUAUGAUGCAUAACCUUGUGGAACGGGCAAGCAUACCAUAUAUGAACAUGCUUCUGCAAUGGCUCAACAACGGUAUCCUUGACGAUCCGUACAGCGAGUUCAUGGUAAUGUGGGACAAAAGCAAGCUAUGGAAUGAGCAGUACGCUGUCGUGGAAGCGCAUGUUUUGAGCAGACACUUUGGAUCACGACAAUUGAUCGAAAGAACGGUCUCUACGGGACAAUAUUGGAACGCUGUUCGCCGAUGCCAGGGUCACGUUCAAGAAUCUGCUGUGCUCGUGGAUACUCUUCCUUUGCGAUAUAGCGACCCCAUUGUUUCUUUUGCUUCCAGCGUCCAGCUGCAGUAUCACAAAGCCUCCCGUGUUCUUGUUAGUCUACUGCUGAACGAAUACGAUCUGCUUGGCUCUUUGCGUCUUAUGAAACGAUACUUUCUGCUCGAUCAUGGUGACUUCUUCGUGCACUUUCUUGACGUCGCAGAACGGGAAUUGCGUAAAUCCCUUUCGAGUGUAUCACCUGGAAGGAUACAGCAUUGGCUGAAAAUGUCGAUCCAGCUUUCGGAGAGUCACACGGAGGAUCAAGCAGCUAGCCCCUUCUUUCAAACACGAGGUAAUCGAUCUCUGAAUGGAAACUCGAUACGCUGUAAUUUCGCCCCGGAAAGUCUUGCCGAUCAAUUAGACCAGCUGCACGCCGCCACAGGAGGUAUCGAUACGCACGAACCCAAUACACCUCAACGACAUGCGUAUGGGGCAUCACUAGACGAAGGGCUGACGGGUUUGGACGCAUUCCUUAUCGAGUUGAGCUUUGUUCCAUUCCCUGUCUCUGUGGUUCUUUCGCGUCGUGCGUUGACCAGCUAUCAGCUCCUCUUUCGCCAUUUGUUUCUCACGAAGCACGCCGAACGUAGACUGGUAGGAAUAUGGAAAGAUCAUCAAACAAUGAAAGAACUGCAACAGAUUCGUGGGUCUAUGGGACCUGCUUUUCUUUUGAGACAACGAAUGUUACAUUUUUUGCAAAAUUUGAUGUACUAUAUGAUGUUUGAAGUUAUCGAGCCGAACUGGUCCGAAUUGGAAAAUGAGAUUGAUUCACUCAAACAGCAACGGGAGUACACAGUUGACGAUAUGUUGCAGGUUCAUUCUGAGUUUCUCCAGUCAACAAUCCAAGCAUGCCUACUGACCAGUCGCGAGUUAAUACGAGCCUUGACGAGACUUUUGAAAACGUGUCUGCUUUUUAGCGAUCAAAUGGGUCACUUCAUUAGAGCGACCCAGAUUAAUGAAGACCGUGACGCUGUUGCGACAGAGAAGCAAAAAGUAGUAGAAAGGAGCCUUAACGGCAGAGAUCGCGUUGGAGUUUCAAUUUCUGAGAACAGACUCCGUCACACUCUUGAAGAAGCGCGUCGGGAACGUGCCGAGCGAGUGAAUCGUCAAACCCUUCGUGUGAAAAGAGAAGUGGCGAAUGAGUCGUAUAGAUGGAUGAUUGUCCGCUUCGAAGAGGUUUUCUCUGAGCACUUGAAAGAGUUCAUGGUCCGUCUAUCGUCAGCAGAUGAUUCAUAUCCAACCAAUGCACAACUAGCAAAUUUGUGCGUACGUCUUGAUUACAAUGGUUACGUCUCGAAAUCAAUUGUCCGGUCUCCCUAAAGAUCCACCCUUUGCGCCAAUUUCC